AUGGGAAAUCAAAUUGAACUUGGACAUAAAGUAUUAAAGAUAAUGGCACAACAGGAAGUUAUGCGUAAAUAUGGUUAUGCCAUACAAGCAGAUGAAGAACAACUUAGAGUUCAAUUAGAAGCAAUUCAGGCCGAGUUAAAUGCUCCAACACAAUUUAAGGGUCGUUUAAAGGAAUUAUUAUCUCAAAUUCGUAUGCAGAAUCAUGUUGGUGCUGCUUUUGGGGAAUCUGAACGCUAUAGUCUUGAUGAAAAUUUACAAGAAGAAAUUAAAUUAUACUUGAAAAAUCAACAAGAAGGUCUCUCUCAUUUACUGAAAAUUUUAAAGGAUGACAGUGAAGAAUUA